AUGAGAAACACAAUCAUGGAUAUUAGAAGCUAUACAGAAAGGAGGAGUGUCAUCGAGCCCCACUACUCGGUUUUGGAUCUCUUAGAGGCAAAUAUGGGGGGCCCUCCGCCGUCUGCUAAUGUCAUAUCGAACUCAACGAAUACGCAGAACGACUGGAAUGCUAUCAUCGACCUCUCAGACUCAUGGCAGAUACUGUCUUCCUCAUCAGAGAAUUCGGAGGAAGAGGACAUAGAGGUAAGGAACGGCACCUUGGGCAGGAGCAGGAACGCAAACAUGAGCAUACAUGCAUCGACCACCUCUGCUUACUCGCACAGUUACUUCGACCAGUCCGCCAGCGACACAUCGAGCAGCAAUCAGUUCGUUAUGCCAAGAUUGUCGUACUCCAAGAAGGAAGGGUCUCUUAAGGCGAUCAGUGUCGUGGGAUCCCAUGCGGACUCCUUCUACCAGGAAUACUUGCAGGUUAGCACUGGCGAGUACUGUUUCAUGCUUGACGUGUCAACUGACAACAGUGUAUCGUUGUUGGUAGUCCAGAACCAUUUGGAGUUGCUAGAUAUUCUGAGGCAUUCAAGGGAUAUCACCGUCGUGGCAAUAGUGCUGAGUUUAGACCACAGAAGGGGCGACAACUUGGAGAUUAUUAAAAAUUGCAAUAAAGUGCUUUCUUCCAUGAAGGAGAGGAAGUGGCCAAUGCUGUACUAUCCCAACCUGAUAAUCAUUCACGAAAGGGCAAAUAAUAACCAUGGAAGCAAAACGAAAGUAAUAGCCAACUUGUUGCAGUUUCUCAGAGAACACGAGCCAUCGAAAUUGAAUGGCAGCAUUCGUUCUGAUACUGUCUCGCAAGAGAGAUCUGAGAGGAUGAUUAAAGAGCUGUUCAAACCAAACUCUGCUCCAGUUAAUAACAAGAAGAAUUUGAGUCGUUCCUCAAUAAGAGCGAUAAGAAAUGUGAAGAGCAUGAGGAAGAGUAAAUAUAAGCCAAGAAUCCCUUUAACAGAGAGAGACAAGUCAGGUAUAGGUAAGAAAGACGACAAAAAUCAGAAUGACAAAGAUUGGUUCUAUAAAUGGAGUGUAUCGAUCAGUAUAGGAAUAGGAAUUGGUGUCGGAUACUGCUUAUCCACCAUCAUUCCUUCCACCACGUUCAGUUACUUGUUACGAGACUUCGAUUCUAAUGAAACCAAUGAUCUCAUUGCAUACAUGGAUGUAGUCACAGACACAGAUUCCGAUUUUAUAAAAGAUACCAUUGACAACGGCCAAACCAUUAAUCUCCCCCAAACAUGGGAUUUCUUGACCUCCACCGUCAGACACAUUUGCGUUAUUAUGAAGUACAUCAUCCUCAAACCAAUAUCGUUUCUUGGUUCAAACUGGCAAAAUUUAGACGAUUCAAAUAGAAUCAUAGCCAUGAGCUAUGUACUAUUAUGA